AAAGCGAGGUGUUUGCCGGUCAGUCGUGCGUUUGGUUGUCUUAGCGUUCACAUCGAUUACGCUCAAUUUUAGUUCAAAACUUUAUUAUUUUACUAUAAUGAGUGCUAAAGAAAAUAAUUCUGAGGUUGCCUUGGAAAAGGUAGCAGAUAACGAUAAAGCCGCUGGUGAUGGAAAAUGUGAAAUUAAAGGAACGAAAAGAGCAGCGGAGGACAAAAAUGACGAUGUAAAAAAAUCAAAAAAAGAGGCUGAAAAUGGAGCGGGCUCUGAUGCGGAAGAUGUAGGAGAUGAAGAAGAAGACGAUGACGAAGAUGUUGAGGGAGAGGAAGAAGAUGAUGAAGAUGAUUUACCAGUAGGUGAAGAAGAAUAUAUAGGAGAAGAAGAUGAAGAAGACGAAGAAAUAGAAGCAGAAAUAGAAGAGGAAGAUGAAGAUGCAUAAUACUGGUGCACAGUGUGAAUAAAUAUUAUGCGAAAGACAUUGACUCAUGUGCUCAUAUUUAAAAAUGAAGCACUAUUCAUUUUUCUUUGAAAGUUUGGAGUUAUUUUCGUGUUGAAUUAUUCUUCGUAUUUAAUUUUUGUCUUAAUUUUUAUAUAAUUUUUAAUUAAAAAUAGCUGUUCAUUAUUGAUCUUUUUGUAAUUUGUAUAAAGUAUAAACUAAAAUAGUAUAUAAAAAAAAUAUUUUUCAUAUAUAUAAUAUCUUGGAAAUGAUCGUAAAAUCAUUAUUCACAUAUUUAAAUUAAAAUAAAAUGACGAGGACAAAAAGGAAACCAGUAAACAAACACAAUGGAUAAAAAAUAACUCCAGAUUUUCAAUAAGUUAUAAAAGUGUGUCGGAGGUUUUUUUUAAUUAAAAUAAACUAAUUAUUUAAUAAAGAAAAUAUGAAAAUAUUACGGUGGUCUGCAGUAAAAAAAACAAGUAAUAUAUCUGAUGUGUCAAAUAUUGUGAAGCUGAAGCAAGGUCCAUGGACACCAUGCAAUUAUGUCAACAGCCUGGAGUUUGAGGACCGACCACACUCUCACGCAUCAUCAUUUAGAAUGAACCUAAUAUUUAUUUUUGAGAACAAUGACGUAUAAUUAACAUCAAAAAUUGUAUAACAAAAAAAUGUCCAAUCUGUGUAAAAUAGUUUUAAAUUUUUUUUAGAGAAUAAGUGAAUUUUUUGAGUUUUUAAAAUUGUCAUUGAUAUUAAAACCCGUAAGUUUUACUUCUUGUACAAAAGUGUUUUCCAAAAAAAAUACUUAAAACGAUAUAAAAAAAAUAGCAGUUGUAUGGAAUAAAACAAAUGUUCUAAUUUUGUAAUCCUUUGAUGUUUUUUUUUUUGUUGUAUUUCUUUUUUUUUUUUACAAUUUAUUUAAAAAUAAUGAGAAUUGGGAUGUCAAAGGAUUAGAAACUUAAGUAAAUUGUACUUUAUUUAUAGAGUAAACGCAAUAAUCGUGUAGUGAAUGCUGUUUUUACUGCUCUGCUGUGCUAUUCUCUUCGAUUUGAUCAUCCAAAAAAGUAUAAGAGAAGCGCCAGUGAGUGACAGUUUUAGUCUAAUCUGAGUUGUGUAGUCUAUGUGAAUUGUAUGUAUGAGAAUGUAAUUAUAUUUUUUUUAACGAA